AUGCCUUACAAAUCCAAAUGGACCGUGGCCCUACCAGAAUGCUCUCUGCCGACGUUCCUUUUCAAGUCACCGACGGCGCCGCUAGGUUCCAAGCGCGCCUUCUCAGAAGCUGCGCGUCCAGAUACGCAUUACCUCACGCGCGACCAGUUUCGGUUAUGGUCUCAACGGUUUGCACUUGGUUUGCAACGGUCCAAGCAUUUUAGAAAAGGGGACCGCAUCCUGCUCUUCAGUGGCAAUGACUUCUUUGUUCCCGUCGUGUUCAUGGGUGUGCUAUGCGCCGGUGGAAUUUUCUCUGGCGCCAAUCCAACAUUUGUCGCAAGAGAGCUGGCGCACCAACUGAGAGACAGUGGCGCAACGUACCUCCUGUGUGCCGAAGCAUCAUUGGAAACAGGUAUUGAAGCGGCAACACUUGCCGGCCUCGAUGUCGCCGCGAGGGUCUUCGUCUACAACUCCAAGAUAUUUGAUGGAGAGACCAUCGGGCUCAAGGGUUGCAGAUAUUGGAGUGCAUUGGUAGCGCCGGCGGAAGACGCUGAGGGAUUCCAGUGGGAUGAUCUGACAGGGCCAGGGGAAUGCGACAGGACUCUGGCAUUGAACUACAGCAGUGGCACAACCGGCGUACCCAAGGGCGUUGAGAUCACCCACAAGAACUACAUCUCAAACACACUACAAGUGCAGCAUCUGUCCCAACUCGACCCAGAUUAUCAAGUUCGCAACGCCCGUGCUUCAUGGCUCUGUUUCCUCCCACUUUACCAUGCAUAUGGGCAAACAUUCUAUAUUGCGAGCGCGUUUAACCGCGAGAUCCCGGUCUAUGUUAUGCCCAAAUUCGAUUUCAUUCAGUUCCUGGAGUAUACGCAGAAAUUCCGCGUCACCGACUAUACGCUCGUCCCCCCUAUCGCGGUAAUGUUGGCCAAACAUCCUGCAGUGGAGAAGUAUGACUUGAGCUCAAUCGAGAAUAUUGGGUCUGGAGCUGCACCGUUGGGCCGCGACGUCUCAGAACAAGUGGAGCAACGGAUAGGCACAGGCUUGAAUUUCAAACAGGGGUAUGGAAUGACCGAAUGCACUUGCUCCAUUCUCGGCUGGGCUCCGAGGGAGAUAUCCUUGACCAACUCGGUCGGCCAACUUACCGCUAACUGUGAAGCCAAGAUCAUGACUGAAGACGGCGCCUCCGAAAUCACUAGUCGCGGCCCUUCUGCUGUGGGAGAAUUGUGGUGUCGUGGACCCAACAUCAUGAAAGGAUACUGGCGCAAUCCCGAAGCUACCGCAGCAACGCUAACGCCAGACGGAUGGUUAAAAACGGGCGAUAUCGCAUAUGUGGACGAGGAUAUGCGUUUUUUCAUUGUAGAUCGGAAGAAGGAACUGAUCAAAGUGAAAGGAAACCAAGUAGCACCGGCCGAGCUAGAGGCUCUCCUGCUCGAACACCCUGGGAUUGCAGACGCGGCAGUGAUAGGUAUGCCGACCGAAGACGGAGAUGAGAAGCCCCGUGCAUUUGUCGUCAGGCAGCCUGGACCGCAUGGGGCUAACCUGACAGAGGAGCUUGUGAAGCAAUUUGUCGAAGGCAAAGUCGUCCGAUACAAACGAUUGGCCGGUGGAGUGGAAUUCGUGGAUGCUAUUCCCAAAAACCCUUCCGGCAAGAUUCUCAGGAGAUACCUAAGGGAUGCAACGAGAGAAAGGAUGAGGAAGGAGGGUGUGAGAUUGUGA